ACCCCCUGUGGGCUUGGGCUGGACCCGGCGCCCUCCCGGCCGCGGGCUGAGGUGAGUCCGUUCGGGUCCGUGGCCCGCUUCUUAGGAUGUUGCAAUGGUUGGAAUUGCUCCAGACAUGGUUGCUGUGGUGCUAUCCUGGGAGACCAUUUUGAUGGAGGACUAGUACCAUUCAGUGAUGGGCUGUGGGACUAGUAAAGUCCUUCCCGAGCCUCCCAAGGAUGAUCCUUUGGAUCUUGUUAAAAAGGUCGAUCCCUACACUGAUUAUAAAACUGACAUAUAUAAACAUUUCAUCAAAGGUGAUGGAGAUGCCAUCAAGUCUGCUAUUCCUUCUCCUCCGUGUCACACCAAUCCGUAUGUGGAACAGCAGGAGCCCCGCAAGAACAGAGUGGCAAAAUACCGUGCCAAAUUUGACCCCAGAGUGACAGCCAAGUACGACAUCAAAGCUCUGAUUGGCCGAGGUAGCUUUAGCCGGGUGGUACGAGUGGAGCACAAAGCUACCAAGCAACCUUAUGCAAUCAAGUUGAUAGAGACCAAAUACCGCGAGGGGAGAGAAGUAUGCGAAUCGGAGCUGUGCGUGCUACGCCGAGUGCGGCACACGAACAUCAUCCAACUCAUCGAAGUUUUCGAGACUCAGGAGCGCGUCUACAUGGUGAUGGAGCUGGCCACAGGAGGCGAAUUGUUCGAUCGUAUUAUUGCUAAAGGGUCUUUCACGGAAAGAGAUGCCACCCGAGUGUUACAGAUGGUAUUGGACGGGGUUAAAUACUUGCAUACGUUGGGCAUAACUCACAGAGACUUGAAGCCGGAGAACUUGCUCUAUUAUCACCCAGGUAUGGACUCUAAAAUCAUGAUCACCGAUUUCGGGCUGGCGAGUGCUCGGAAGAAAGGAGAUGACUGCUUAAUGAAGACUACCUGUGGGACCCCGGAGUACAUUGCCCCAGAGAUCUUGAUCAGGAAGCCUUACACUAACUCUGUGGACAUGUGGGCUCUCGGGGUGAUCUCGUACAUCCUACUAAGUGGGACUAUGCCUUUUGAGGAUGAUAAUCGCACCCGCUUGUAUCGGCAAAUCCUGAAAGGAAAAUACAGCUACUCUGGGGAGGUGAGUAAAGGGAUGAUGAUGAUGAUGAUGUGUAUGAUGAGAACAUGACAGAAGAGAAGUAAAUAUAUAUACACCGUCCAUGUAAUUACAAGUAAUACUUCUAAGAGGGUGUGUGGUAGUGGCCUUAUAACUGGAUAUCCAAUUCAGCUAUCCAGGCGAUCGCCUCUGGCGUUGCUUCAUGCAGAUAUAGGGAACCAGGGAACGCACAUUGUGGGCAAUCCUGCACAAUAUGUUUAAUGGUUUGUAUAUCAACACCACAAUCGCAACA